AUGGCAGCAAUCAACACAGAGCCAGAGCAAGAGCCUAAGAAGAAGGCAAUGAAAAAGAAGAACCCAACUGCAAUUGAGGAGGUGGUCUUGGGGAAGGGCAACACAACAACAUGUUGUAACAAACCAGAGAUUGCAUUUGUAAGUCCAGCAAAGAGGAGGACAGUGAAAAGGAUGAUGUUUGAUUCCUUUGUCCAUUAUGUGUCCUCUUCUCUUUCUUGUAUCUGUGAUGAUCCUGUUGGCUCUGUUGAACCAAAAAAGGAAAAAGUCCAAAUACCCAAAUGA